AUGCAUCGAGUCAUGUUCAACAGAAGGCCAACGAGAACCAUUCAAGGUUCAAUACCGGCUGCUGGGAAGAGAUACUAUGGAGGUACUUAUAAGGCCACCACGAAGGAGCUUUCCGAGAGUCCGGUCAGAAUCCCGCCCGAUCUCCGGCCAGGCCAUCGGGCUCUGAGCCAGCGCCCGACAACAGGGCACCGGUCAAGACAAUUUAGACCGCAAUCGCCGCCGUUUGCCUAUAUUAGGGAACUCAUGUCGCCAUCCUAA